GAGAAAUUAAAUCUAUUCCAAAAAACAUGGCUGGAAAACCAUUCAACUUGAAACCUUUCCUAUUCUUGUUUAAGAUCUUCCCAUUAAAAACAUGGAACAAGUUGUACUACCAGGAAAAACCCUGCAUCUCCAAUGCAUCAAAACCAGAAUUCAACAUGUCCCCAGCAGAACAAGAUCUGAAUCCAAACAGAAGUUUGGUGUUUCAUAUGGAGGGAGUGCUGUUGAGAUCAUUUUCUGUCUUUCCUUACUUCAUGCUAGUAGCCUUUGAAGCUGGAGGACCCUUGAGAGCUUUCGUACUUCUCCUUCUUUACCCUCUUUUGUGUUUGGUCGGGAGGAAAAUUGGGAUGAAGAUCAUGGUUUUUGUUACCUUUGUGGGAUUGAAAGAGGAGACUUUCAGAAUCGGAAGCACUGUUUUGCCAAAGUUUUUCCUAGAAGAUAUAGGAAAUGAAGGGUUUGAUAUGGUGAUGAAGUACUGUGGAAGAAAGAUAGGAGUGAGUGAAAUGCCUAGAGUAAUGGUGGAGAGGUUUCUGAGAGAUUACUUGAGAGUUGAAGGUGUUGUGGGGAAGGAAUUGAAGGUGAUUUCAGGGCAUUUUACAGGUUUAAUGGAGGAAAAGAAUACAGACUUAGACGGCGUUUUCAGCUCGUUAGAUAUUGGCCUUUGUUGCUUCAAGAAUCGGAAACUCUUUUCUCAGUGUGAGGUGGUUUACUUGGUAAAUGAAGGUGAAAAAGGGAAUUGGGAGGCUCUUCCAAGGGAGAAAUAUCCAAGGGAAUUGAUUUUCCACGAUGGGAGAUUGGCAUUUAGGCCAACCCCUAUUGCCACCUUAUUCAUGCACCAGCAGCGGGCUAAACCUGUUGGACACGAAGGGAAAACAACGGGGUGCACUCUUUGUUUGUAACCAUAGAACCUUGCUUGAUCCCAUCUAUGUUUCAUUUGCCCUGACGAGGUCUGUGACUGCAGUUACAUAUAGUAUAAGCUGGAUCACUGAGCUGGUUUCACCAAUCAAGACUGUCCAGUUAACCCGAAAUCGGGAAAAGGACUCAGAGCUGGUAGAACAGGAACUGAGGCAGGGUGACCUUGUAAUAUGUCCUGAAGGAACUACCUGUAGAGAGCCUUAUUUGCUAAGGUUCAGUCCUUU